AUGUAUAGAGAUUCUAGUGAUCAUUCCCUGUAUAGGUGCUGGAUGUAUAGAGAUUCUAGUGAUCAUUCCCUGUAUAGGUGCUGGAUGUAUAGAGAUUCUAGUGAUCAUUCCCUUGAUCAUUCCCUGUAUAGGUGCUGGAUGUAUAGAGAUUCUAAUUCUAGUGAUCAUUUCUUGUAUAGGGAUUCUAGUGAUCAUUUCUUGUAUAGGUGCUGGAUGUAUAGGGAUUCUAGUGAUCAUUCCCUAGAUUCUAGUGAUCAUUCCCUGUGUAUAGGUGACAUUCAACUAACAUUUAUGCCUUCAUUCAAGAGACAGAUCCUUUGCUUAGCUUUUACUGAACAGACCAUCUCAGCUAGUACAUCACCAUCUAGGCCUGUAGGAAGUAUAUCCGAAUAUCUCACCUAUGCCGAUGAAGAGACAGCUGCCAAGAAGGGGGUCAAGAAAAGGAAGUGGAACUCCAAGGCCUCGAAGGCUGGCAAGACGACAAAGCGGACCAGCAGUAUGGAGAUCUCCUCUGAUGUACUCAAGAACCUGAUAGGAGAUGUCAAGCUGACCGAGACAGUGUUUGAGAUGGAGACAGAGGUGGUCAACACCCUGGACUAUGAUGACCAGGAGGAGGACCAGCGGGAUGUCCGAGUCAAGAAGGCUCUGGUGAGUUCACCAAAAAAAGAAGAAAGAUUAGAAGAAGAGGAUGCCAGGAGAGUAGAGACACGAGAUGCAUCUCCCGAGUCGACGGCUGCAAUUGCUUCUGAACCAGAGAAGAAGAUCAUCAAGUUGAGUAGUGCUGCGCCAAAGGUUGCAGUGAAGACUAAAGUGAAGAAAAGCAAAAGUGACAAGAAAGAUGCUGUGGGGAAGAAAGAGAAAAAACAAGAUGCUGUUGCAGAUGCAGAGCCUAAGGAAAAAGUGGUUGCUACAAAUCGAGUGAUUAAACCAUUGAUGCCUGUGGUUGAUGAGCCAGAACCCAUGACUGAUCGGCAGUCGCCCGCCAGAAACCCACCAGACAGGGUCAUACGUAUCGCUGGCCUGGUUCGACCCUUUACUGUGAAUCAGCUGAAGGAACUUCUGAGACGAUCGGGGGAACUGGAUGAUGAAUAUUUCUGGAUCAGUGACAUCAAGUCUCAUUGUUUGGCAGCAUACAAAACACAAGAGCAAGCUAUGGCGGCCAGAGCUGCCCUGCAUGGAACACGAUGGCCGCAGUCAAACCCGAAGAUUCUCUUUGUGGACUUUGCUACAAUAGAUGAUGUUAUACACAGAAAGCAAGAAGGAAAAGGGCCACCCCCUGUGCUCAAUAAACGACCUCAGGAGGAACCCAAGAUCAAAGAGCCCAAGAUUGUGGAAAAAGAGGAGAAGAAACACAAGGCAAAAGAGCCGAAAGAAAAAGGUCGUGUAGAAAGAGAGAAGGAAGAACGCGAUACAAAAGACCGAAAGAGAGAGACAGAGAAGAAGAAUUUUGUGAGAGAGUGGGACCGAGAUAAAAUUCAACAAUUGUCGAGAUCUCGUUCCAAAUCAAAAGACAGGGAUCGGCCGGCCAGAAGAUCAAGAUCUAGGGAGAGAGAACAGCGUAAACGAGGAGAAUACAAGGACAAGAGGGAGGAAGAGAGGAGAAAGGAGAAGAAACAGAAAGAUGCCAAGGCAGAGGAGGAGCCUCCAGCAAAGCUCCUGGAUGAUCUCUUCAGGAAGACAAAAGCCACACCCUGCAUCUACUGGCUGCCUCUCACAGAAGAACAGGCUCAGGUGAGGAUGGCAAAACGACUGGAAGAAGAGAAGGAAAGGCAGAAAAAAAUUGCAGCAGCAGAAGAGCGAGAGAAGGAGGAAUUAAGGAAGAGGGAAACUGCAAGAUUAGAACGCCAGCGUGAGAGAGAGAAGGCAAGAGAGAAGGACAGAGACCGAGACAGAAGCAAACCAGAAAGAAAGGCCAGCAGAAGCUCCAGCAGAAGUAGGUCACGCAGAAGAAGGUAA